CGGGGAGGGAGGGAGAGAAAGGGAGAGAAGGAAGGGAGCCGGCGGGCGCUACGUGUGUCUGUGCGUGUGUGAGUGUGAGUGAGUGUGAGUGCCGGGCCCUGCCUCUGCUGGUGCCCCGGCGGAGGGGCCUGCUGGCCUGGGGAGAGCGGGCGGGCUGCUUGGAGGCAGAGGCAUAGGCGGCGGCGGGGAGAGCCGAGGAGGAGGAGGAGGAAAGAGCGGAGCAGCCAUUGUUGAGGGAAACCUUGCAAACAAAGAAGGCUCCGGACUCCCCGCGGCCCCCCGCCCCCCAGGCCGGCCCCCUGGCCCCCGGUCCCUGGCCCAGUGGCCAUUGUAACUUUCCCCCGGGGCUGUGGCCGCCGCGGGGCGGACUGAGACCGUGCGUGAGAGUCUUUGUGCAGCCCGCGGAGUGGAGCUCCCAGCCAGGCCUGCCCGUCCCACUCGGGACAUGAGCGGCUGAAGUUGACCACCCCCCUCAGGCCUCACCCCAGCCAGGGCCCCUCUGGGCUCCCAGCUGCCCCCCGCACCUCUCCUGGUCCCCUCAGUUCUCCCAGGUUGUUCCUCAAAGUCAUUCAAGCUGUACUCACCGAAGGAGCCCCCCAACGGCAACGCCUUCCCGCCCUUCCAUCCCGGCACCAUGCUAGAUCGGGAUGUGGGCCCAACUCCCAUGUACCCGCCUACAUACUUGGAGCCUGGGAUCGGAAGGCACACACCAUAUGGCAACCAAACUGACUACAGAAUAUUCGAGCUUAACAAACGGCUUCAAAACUGGACAGAGGAGUGUGACAAUCUCUGGUGGGAUGCUUUCACAACUGAGUUCUUUGAGGAUGAUGCCAUGUUAACCAUCACUUUCUGCCUGGAGGAUGGACCAAAGAGAUACACCAUUGGCCGGACCCUGAUCCCACGCUACUUCCGCAGCAUCUUCGAGGGGGGUGCUACAGAGCUCUAUUAUGUGCUUAAGCACCCCAAGGAGGCAUUCCACAGCAACUUUGUUUCCCUUGACUGUGACCAGGGCAGCAUGGUGACCCAACACGGCAAACCCAUGUUCACCCAGGUAUGUGUGGAAGGCCGGUUGUACCUGGAGUUCAUGUUUGACGACAUGAUGCGGAUAAAGACGUGGCACUUCAGCAUCCGGCAGCACCGAGAGCUCAUCCCCCGAAGCAUCCUUGCCAUGCAUGCCCAGGAUCCCCAGAUGUUAGAUCAGCUCUCCAAAAACAUCACCCGGUGUGGGCUGUCCAAUUCCACUCUCAACUACCUCCGACUUUGUGUGAUACUAGAGCCCAUGCAGGAGCUUAUGUCCCGCCACAAGACCUACAGCCUCAGCCCCCGUGACUGCCUCAAGACCUGCCUCUUCCAGAAGUGGCAGCGCAUGGUAGCGCCCCCUGCGGAGCCUGCACGGCAGCAGCCCAGCAAACGGCGGAAACGGAAGAUGUCUGGGGGCAGCACCAUGAGCUCGGGGGGCGGCAACACCAACAACAGCAACAGCAAGAAGAAAAGCCCAGCCAGCACCUUCGCCCUCUCCAGCCAGGUACCUGAUGUGAUGGUGGUGGGGGAGCCCACCCUGAUGGGCGGGGAGUUCGGGGACGAGGACGAGAGGCUCAUCACCCGGCUGGAGAACACCCAGUUUGACGCGGCCAACGGCAUUGACGACGAGGACAGCUUUAACAACUCCCCUGCCCUGGGCGCCAACAGCCCCUGGAACAGCAAGCCUCCAUCCAGCCAAGAGAGCAAAUCGGAGAACCCCACGUCACAGGCCUCCCAGUAAAGGCCCCACCACAGCCACCUAGCGCUCUGCCUGCCUGCCCCACCUCUCGCAGCCCCAGGGAGCAGAAGACAGAAUGAAGAGACUGAGCAUCUGAAACGGGCAGCCUCAUCCCCCCACUUCAGGGAGGAACUGGACUCACUGGGGGCAGGUGCCAAGAUUGGUCCCCCAGUGGCCCUGGGCUGGGGCUGGCCUCUGCAGAGCCUUUUGGGGGAAGGGGGGCCUCAUGCGGAUGCCUCCGUGGACCCUGGGCCUCUGAGAAAUGUCCUGACCACCCCCCCACACCCCCCGCCCAGGGCAUUUGCCUCCAUCCUCACCCCAGGUUCUGGGUACCCCCAUCCUCCUGACUCCACCCCCUUCAAGCCCAGGGUUGUCUACACCCACAGCCCUUAGGGACUUAAAGUCAUGGGGCUUGGUUGAAUGCCCCUUCCCCAAACCCUCCCUUUAGGUGGCUGGUAGUAGAGGGGUAAAGCUCUGGACUCCUCCCUUCUGCCACCUAUCCCAGCUCCAAGUUUUUUAAAAAAUAAUAUUAUUAAAAAUGUAAGUUUUAAAAAAAAAUCACUCAUGCCCCCCCUCUUCCCCUUAUUAAAGGUCCAGCUACCUCCCUUUGCCUGGCAGAUGGGGAGCUUAGAGCCCAUGUGGAGGAAGGGGGCUAUGCAUUACCAUUUGAUAACAGUUUGAGAGCUUCAGACCAAGGAGACACUUUGCCAUCUCUCUUCCCUUCUCCUCCGGGGUGACUGGAGUGGGGAAGGCACGCCAUGGGGCAGGGAGCCAUUGAUGGCCUCACCCAUGUGACAACCCCCUGCUGUUGUCUUUGUCUCCCUCCUCUAGGACUCUGGCCUGCCCUCCUAGUGCUUGUGACUCCCUCUCUCCCAGUCCCCACCCCCUCCCUCCACGGUGUGUAUGUUCUUCACAAGCCCUCCACUAGAGCAGCUGUCUGCAUGGGGGGAGGGGGAGGCUCCCUCCCUCAGGGAGUGUGGAGGGAAGGGGAGAGCCUUGUUUGUUACUGUGUUUUUUGUUUUGUCUCAGUUGGGCAGGCAUGGGGGUGGAGGAGGGGGUUCAUCUACUCUCCAGUACUCUCCUUUCCCACCUCCUCAAACUGCAUAUUUAGUCCUCCCCUGCCUUCAGAGGGGUAGGAGCCACUGAGGAUGUCCCCAGCUCUAACCCACCAGGGAGCAAUAGGCAUUUGUCCUCCAGCUGAAGUAAAGGCUCUUCAUCUCCCAAUAUCUCCUCCCUCCCCUUCUUCACAGAAGGACAGGGGAGGCAGCCAGGAUCCUCAGCUCUGCCUCACAAUUGGAUGGAUGUGUGGAGGCUCCGGGCCCAGGGUGAAGCCAAGAGCAGGGUCCCAUGAGUCUGGGCCCAGCUCUGGCUUCGCUGCCUUCUCCUGUGGCCAGUUCCAGAAGUGUUAGCACCACCUCUCCCCACUUCCUUCUGGAUUUGGGGCCCCCCACAUCCUGUUUCCUCCACUCCAGCUGCCACUAUUGGAAGGGUGUUGUGUCAGGAGCUGAGGGAAGGGGUAGGGAAGAUGGAUGUCCCACCCCAACUGUAAUGCCUUUUUUUUUUUUUUUUUUUUUUUGGGCCAUUUGAGUCAUGUAUGGUAUCGAUCAAUAAAGAGACUUUUUGGUUUGAGA